AUGGCUUCGGAACGCCGAAUCAAGUCGCUGAAAAUGCGAUUGCGUAGCAUCGAGACGUCGUUCAACCUCAUCAAAGUGUUUGUGGACAAUUUUGAUGAAGAAACCCAGUCGAUGGAAGUCCCUGUGCGACUGGAGAAUCUUGGUGUCCUAUGGGCGGAUUUCGGCAAAACUCAAGCCGAGCUUGAAGCUGCUGAUGUCGAAGAUUCCGCUGUGAUCGAUCAGCAACUCAAACAGCGAGCACAGUUCGAGACGGAUUACUAUCGUGUCAAGGGUUUUCUGCUGUCCGUGAAUAAAAUAACAACAACAAGUUCACAAUUUUGUCAGUCCAGUUCGCAUUUCCCUGCUUCUUCCCAGAUUCGACUUCCAGAUGUGAAACUCCCCGUAUUUAAUGGAACGCUCGAACACUGGCUAAACUUUCAUGAUCUGUUUAUUUCACUGGUACACUCCUCCAGUGAAUUAUCCAAUAUUCAGAAAUUCUAUUACCUUCGAUCUUCGUUGGCUGGGGAUGCGUUGAAACUUAUACAGACGAUUGCGAUCAGCGCCAACAACUACCCCGUGGCUUGGAACUUACUCAUCGAUCACUUUCAAAAUCCGGCACGACUAAAGCAAACUUACGUUGACUCUCUGUUUGAGUUUGCUCCGUUGAAGAAAGAAUCCGCAGCUGAUCUUCAUUCGCUAGUUGAACGUUUUGAAGCCAAUGUUCGUAUUUUGAAGCAGCUGGGAGAAAAAACGGAAUUCUGGGAUGUCUUGCUCAUUCGAAUGCUCAGUAUUCGUCUCGAUUCUACCACACGAAGAGACUGGGAAGAAUUUUCAUCAUCACAUGAAGCCACCACCUUUCAAGAUCUGGUCAGCUUUCUCCAACGACGGGUCACCGUUUUGCAGAGCGUCAGCAACAUGCAUCUGGAAACUUCUUCGGCUCCGGCUCCCAAAAGGCAGGUUCAACGUACAUCGAUCAUAAGUAAUGGUGCUACGCAAUAUUCGUCCCGUCAAUGCUAUGCCUGUUGUGAACAUCAUCCACUCUAUAUGUGCUCCACCUUCUCAAAGAUGUCAGUCGAAGACAAGGACAAGCUCGUGCGUCGCCAACAACUGUGCAGAAAUUGUUUACGCAAGGGUCAUCAAGCCAAAGCCUGCCAAUCGAAAAACUCCUGCCGCAAAUGUAGAGGGCGCCAUCACAGUCAACUGUGCAGUCAAGAAACCUCUUCUGCCGAAUCCAGCCAACCUAGAGCGGAUGCGAUGGUUCCCAAGGAUCCUGUUCAUGUCAGCGGAGAAUGUUCUUCUCUAUCAGCAGCAGUUGGAAAGUCUCUCAAUAAGGGUCACCCCCACCAGGUGCUCCUUGCAACGGCCGUGAUCAAACUUAUCGACGAUCAUGGCAACACUCAUCUCGCGAGAGCACUUCUCGACUCGGGCAGUGAAUGCAGUUUCGUUACCGAGUCAUUUUCGCAGCAGCUGAAGUCUCGUCGAACCAAGGUUCACUUAUCAAUCUCUGGAAUCGGCCUGUCUUCCACUCACGCUCGUUGUAAACUUCGUACCACCAUACAGUCUCGAGUUACGCAAUUUUCCACCAUCGUAGAGUUUUUAGUGCUGCCAAAACUCACACUCAAUUUGCCGUCCGCAACACUAGACAUUUCAAAAUGGAAUCUACCUAAGGAAAUAGAGCUAGCAGAUCCCACCUUUUACCGGAAUUCCCCCAUCGACAUCAUCUUAGGUGCAGAAGUGUUCUUCGACCUGUUUAAGCCUUCUGGAAGAAUUCCUCUAGGAGAAUCACUACCUGUUCUGAUAAAUUCCGUCCUGGGAUGGGUCGUGUCUGGCAAGGUUACAAGCUUCAAUACAGUCAGCCCAGUUAUUUCCAAUCUUACAACAGUAGCUGACCUUUAUCAACUUAUGCAGCGUUUUUGGGUAAUUGAAGAAGAUGAUUCUACUCCUUGUGUGUCGGUGGAAGAAGCAGCCUGUGAGCAACACUUUGUUCGCACUGUUCAACGCAACUCGGAAGGUCGAUACGUAGUUCGACUGCCCCUGAAGGAGCCAGUAUCCGCCAUUGGUGACAAUCGCAGCAUCGCCCUACGACGAUUUCACAUGAUCGAGUCCCGUUUGCAACGAAACAAGGAUCUACGAGCUGAAUACCAAGAGUUCAUGUCUCAAUACGCUGCCCUAGGUCACAUGCAACGAGUAGAUCACACAACGCUCUCCAGCCCACAGUACUAUCUUCCACAUCACGCAGUCAUUAGAGAAGAUAGUUCCACGACUAAGGUGCGAGUCGUCUUUGACGCUUCCUGCAAAUCGGUAACUGGGAAAUCGUUGAACGAUGUACUCAUGGUCGGCGCAGUCAUCCAAGACGAUCUUCGAGCCAUCAUCUUGAGAACCCGAAUCAACGCAAUUUUGCUCAUCGCCGACAUCAAACAGAUGUAUCGUCAGAUCCUAGUAGACGAACGUGACACACCUCUUCAAAGAAUUCUCUGGCGGAACUCACCCGAUGAACCCAUCAGCACAUUCGAGUUGAGAACCGUCACCUACGGUACGGCUAGCGCACCUUUUCUAGCCACUCGAACCCUUCAACAACUCGCCGAAGACGAACAAGCAGAUUUCCCGCUGGGCUCAAAGGUUCUUAAACGUGAUGUGUAUGUAGACGAUCUUGUGACCAGUGGAAGGACGGCCGAAGAAUUACUGGAGGUACGGAAGCAGCUUGACCAGAUGUGCAGACGAGGUGGAUUCGAAUUUCGCAAAUUUGCUUCGAAUUUGGAUUCAGUAUUGGAAGGGGUUCCUGCUGGAAGACGUGCGCUCCAAUCUUCUGUUGAACUCGCUACCGAUCAGUGUAUCAAGACCCUGGGAUUGCAUUGGGAACCCACUUCGGACCACUUUCGUUUCCAAAUUCAUCUACCCGAACAAUCCCAGUCCACACUCAUGAGCAAAAGAAUGGCCCUUUCUCAGAUUGCUCAGCUCUUCGACCCGUUAGGAUUGGUAGGUCCAGUCAUCGUUACAGCGAAGGUGUUCAUGCAGACUCUGUGGAGUCUCAAAGCAGACGACGGCAAAGCCUGGGGAUGGGAUCAACCUUUACCACCCUCACUUACAACGUACUGGCAAAACUACUACUCGCAGUUACCUCUUCUGGAGCACCUUCGAGUUCCUCGUUGCAUUGUGCUACCCCAAUUCGAUACGAUACAACUGCAUCUGUUCUCUGACGCAUCGGAACACGCUUAUGGUGCUUGUGCAUACUUCCGGUCAACAGAUUCCUCUGGCGCCAUUUCUGUCGGUCUCCUAACAGCCAAAUCUAAAGUUGCCCCACUGAAGAAGCGUAGCAUACCAAGGCUUGAGCUUUGCGGAGCACUCGAAGCAGCUCAAUUAUACCACAAAAUAUCCUCAGCAUUCGGACAAAAGUUCCAGACGUUUUUCUGGGUCGAUUCAACUACUGUGCUCGCGUGGCUGAAGGCAAGUCCUUCAGUUUGGACAACAUUUGUCGCAAACCGCGUUUCCAAAAUCCAGCUUUCGACGGAAGGUACAUCCUGGAAUCACGUCUCUGGUCAGCAAAACCCAGCGGAUCAUAUCUCGAGGGGUAUCGAUGCUCAAACGUUGAUUUCCUGUGAGCUAUGGUGGCAAGGACCAGAUUGGCUUCGCUCGAAUCAGUGGAAACCAUCAUCGUCGACAUCCUCCUUUGAAACCCAGUUAGAAUUCCGUACAUCGAAACCCGCUGGUCUGAUGACCACAACCACAACGACAUUCCUCGACUCCUUCGUAGAACGAUUUUCAAAAUAUCAAACCAUGCUGCGCGUGACAGCAUUCUGCAUGCGGUUUUGCCACAAUUCUCGGAAGGGGGCGACUCGGAAGUGCCAUGCUUUUCUUUCAACCACAGAAAUCCGCGAUGCUGAAACAACUCUCAUCCGGUGGGUUCAAGCUCAAGAGUUUCCAGAGUGCAUUGAAGCUCUGCGAGCUUAA